AUGUCUGACAAGACACAAGGCGAGUUUGAUGGUGAGAAUACCAUUUAUAACACCAACAUGUAUCCAAGUCAGUGUGAUUUUCUGGAUUGUUCGCUCUCGCGCCAGUCACCAGUAAUGGUUUUCUCAUGGCGGUGCAACAACGAAAGGGUGUUGCGGUGGUUGUUCACAGCGGUGGAGAAACGACGUUUGAGCCGCUGCCUGGUGGCACAAAGUGGUUUGUCACGGCGCUGGUCUCUCCGUCAUGGUGGCACGCAGCGAUCUGCAUUGGUCACUUCGUCGAGACGUGCGUUGUCUUCUCUUGGAGGCACGUCUGGUUCUCAUAGUGGUGGGCUGUUUGUUCAUGGUGGAUCUGUGUUUUGUGCCACUGAUUAA